AUGUCUUCUUCAUCACGGGGGUGUUUUGCCGACACAUUUGCGUAUACACCACAUCACGUUCCACCUAACUCUGGAUACCUCAACGUCCACGCCUUUCGUCAUCCUGUCUCCGUUCGGGACGCUUAUCCAGCAGGAGGCACCGAAUACCGACCCAUACUUGAGAGGCCGUCUCGUUCCCUACUGAUCCAAUCCAAUAACCAGCAAUGCAUCUCUGAUGCUUCGUACCUCGACAUUACAAUGCAGCUGUACCCUUCUCGUAGGGGUGUCUCAAGCCGCGACAAGUGGAACAUGUACUGGAUCGAAGAGACCUCACUUCGCGUUGAAGCGUUCAUCAUGAAGCACAGGAGACCACCCACCAAACUUCGCGAACGAGAUCCGAUGAGCUCGACAGCCCUAUUGGCGUCGGCCUGGGACUACCUGAUAACGCAGCCGAGUUCGACGUCAAGUAUUCCAUUCUCGGCUUGGUGCAUCCCAACGAGAUGGAUCUCUCGGUUCAGCAUGGCCAUGUCUUCAAUUGUGUGA